UUGUCUUAUUUGGAUAGUGUUUGGCCUGGCUUGCUGAGGCUGACUCAUCUCUAUUACGUGGGAGAUGGCUCUUCCUGGCUGAAAGUUAUUUAGUCUCCUCUUACUGUAUGUGAUGGCACUGCUGGCUGGGAUGAUGGCCGACUAUGUAGGCCUACCUUCAUUACUUGGCAGCUUGGUAAUGGGAAUACUUUUCAACAUUAUUCCUGGGAUAAAUGCUCUUGGACAUAAUAUUGAUAUCUAUUAUUCAUCUGUUCUAAGGAAUAUUGCGCUUACAAUUAUAUUAAUACGUGCUGGACUCGGACUGGACCCAGUCGCACUGAAGAGGUUAAGCUGCACUGUACUACGUUUGGCUUUCCUUCCUUGUUUAGUAGAAACAGUAACAAUGGGCAUUGCUUCAGCAUUCUUCCUUGAUCUUCCCUGGAGUUGGAGUCUUAUGCUUGGUCCUGUGGGAAGAGCUCAUCGAGACCCAGUCCUCUCCAGGUGAUCUAUACCCCUCCAGUACUAAAUGGAACGACAGUCAAGCACCGGAAACCAAGUCAAGACAAAAAGCAAGACUUUUGCUAAGAAUAACCAGAUAACAACUCAUGAUGUGUGCAUAUUCUAUAUUCUCUGUGGACUAGCAAUUCAAACAUUUUGGCGAUGACCUCAGACUCUGAUGAUGUGACCAUUACUUUCAUAUUCCUUUCUUUGAAGCCAUAUCUGUUACCAACUGUGAAGAUUCUGUCAGCUACAACACUGAGAGGCAUCAGCUCCGUAUAACCAUCAAGAACAUCACUGAAACUUUAGGCAGAAAACAAUAGAGCCCAUCCUCUGCUUGCUGCAGUGACUGACUGUGAGUCAGCUUCUUGCCUGAGAGGCGGUCAUAAUGUCUUUGUUGCAAAGUCUUGCAGAAAUUCCCUAAAGAUGUCAUGGAGAUUAUGGAUUCCUUCCAACCAUUUAAUAUACUGGACAUUAACUCAUCAAUUCCUUUGAAUAUUUCAUUAUUCAAAGUUAUCGAGGAGGUACGAGGUCGGUGAACCACUACAGGAAGCAGUUGUUUUGCCAGGGAAAUCAGAAUGUAGAAUUGAUUCCAGCGACUCGGAAUGCUCUGCGCCACCACUCCAAAAGGGAUCUCUACCAAGCCAGCAUUGAGUAUCUUGGCACUAUUCAAACCCUGACCACAGUGUGUAUGGCUGGAAAAGAGUUAAGGGAAAGCUUAUUCAACAGCAGAUUACCAUCCUACAAGUUUGAACGUUGUGCCCAGAUCUGGGUAAGUGUUGUUGUUGACAACUAUGUACAUGGUGGGUCUUGCAGCUGCAUGAAGAAGGGACUACCCUGCACAGCCCUCAACAAAUAUCUGUGCAAAACUUUUUAACAUUUAAGUACAUUAUUAUUAUGAUUAUGUCUGAUACAGUUAUAACUGUUUCAGUUACCAAUAAAAUUAUGACUGACUUUAUUUUUAUAUUUGACAGAAUAAGGUAUUGCAUAAUUCACUUUUAACUCUGCUGUAUAUCGCUCAGGAUGGUCAUUUUGGUCUUAUUUAGAAGCCAAUAAAAAUGUUAUAAAAUGUUUGUUUUGAAGCAUUAGAGAAUAUAAUAUGCCUCUGGCUGGGAUGGAAAUGGUGAUUAUCACAUCUCACGAAAUCAUAAUCACAUGAUUGCCAACAAACCACAGAACGGGUGAGGUUAGAACCCAUGGUGAGUGAGUUGUUGAACUCCAGGUCAGUGCUUAAGCCACUGGCCUGGAGUUUAAUUAACAUCUCAUUCAGUGUGGGUUCAUACCACACCCGUUCCGUUUUUUAAUUAUCAUAAUUUUAUCGAUUAUUUUUAACAGU